AUGGAACCCAAUGUCGCCGCAGUCCUACCCGUCAAACAAGGUCAGCUCACUAUCAAACAACGCCCUGUCCCAGUUCCCAAAGAAGGCGAACUACUGGUCCGCAAUACCGCCGUCGCUGCAAACCCUUCAGACUGGAAGAUCCAAGCCCUCGGCCUCUCUGCCAACUUUCCAGCUGUACUUGGUAGUGAUCUCAGCGGUGUCGUAGUAUCCGUGGGACCAGGUGUAACACGCUUCAAACCCGGCGAUCGCGUCAUCGGGUUUGCGCUGGGUGUUAUAAGCGAAAACAUCGACAAAGCAGCCUUUCAAACCUAUACCCUUCUUGAUGAAGUGGCGGCAACUCACUUACCCGGCAACAUCAGCUUUGAGGAGGGUUCUGUACUUCCCGUUGGUAUACUCACUGCCGCUAUAGCGCUGUUUGACGGUCUCGGACUGCCAAUGCGUCAGAAGACUGCUGAAGAAGAUUUAGUGAUUCUGGUUUGGAGUGGUGCUUCGGCGGUUGGUGUCUCAGCAGUGCAAAUAGCACACACGCUGGGAUGGAGUGUCUACGUGACUGCUAGUCCAAAGCAUCACGAGUGGCUCAAGACAUUGGGUGCAGUAGAGGCAUGGGACUAUCGUGACCCGCAAGUCGCACAAAAGAUCUCUCAAGCUUUGAAAGCUUCCGGAACAAAGAUUCGCGGCGCUAUCGAUGCUAGAGCAGAAGGCAGCUCCUUCGGUUCGGUCGCGGAGAUACUGACUGCGGCUGACCUAACAACCGGAUGCAAGGCUACUGCGCUGUUUCCGUGGCCGGAGGAAACGUCGCUGCCAGCUGGUAUUGAAGGACAUCACACCAACUGCGUGGGCUUCACUGCCAAUUAUCCAGAUGUAGCAAGAUGGAUUUUCGGCGGCUGGUUGUCCAAGGCUCUCGAGGAUGGGAGGAUCAAACCUGCGCCUAGGUCUCGUGUCAUCGACGGCGGAUUGGAAUCGACACAGGAGGUGCUGAAUCUUCUUAGAGCUGGUGCAAGUGGUGAGAAGUUUGUCUUGAAGGUUUAG